AUGGUGGGGGAAGAAGUCACUAAACCGAUUCCGGUAACAUUGCUCUCAGGAUUUUUAGGUUCUGGGAAGACAACCUUGUUAGAGCAUGUUCUUACCCACAAUCAUAAUCUUCGUAUAGCGGUUGUCAUCAACGACAUGUCUCUGUUGAAUAUCGAUGCAAGUUUGAUUGAGUCCCAUAGAGUUUCCCAAAAGGAAGAGAAGUUAAUCAAGCUCCAAAACGGAUGCAUUUGUUGCACAUUGCGAGGCGAUCUUUUGGAAGAGCUCGUUUCUCUCGCCAAGAGCAAAGCAUACGAUCAUAUUAUUAUUGAGUCCACUGGAAUUUCAGAGCCAAUGCAGGUUGCUGAAACUUUUACAACGGAGUUCACAGACGUAUAUCUCGCUAACCAAGAUGACCUUACUCCUGAGACUAGAGAAAUAUUGGAUGAAAUCUCAAGUUUAGGUGGAUUGGCAAGAAUUGCGAAGUUGGAUUCUUGCAUUACUGUGGUGGAUGCAAAAACUUUUCUGGACAACUUUGAGACUACUGAAUUUUUGGUAGACAGGUGGGGGUCUAGUGGUCAGAAUGAAGAAGAUAGAACAAUUUGUGACUUAAUGGUGGACCAGAUAGAAUUUUCCAACGUGAUCAUUGUUAAUAAGACUAAUUUGAUCAAAAGGAAAGAAAAGAAAAAAAUCUAUAAGAUUAUAAAAGUGCUUAACCCUAAUGCAAAAGUGAUUUCCACUAAUUUUGCAAAAGUGGAUAUUAAAGAAAUCGUUGGUACUAGUUUGUUCGACUUUGAAAAGGUGCAGAAUUCGGUAGGGUGGCUUCAGAGUCUUCAUGAAAUGACCAAGCAGGAGAAAUACAACAACAAGCUCACCCCCAAGCCUGAGACAGAAGAGUAUGGAAUCAACAACUUCGUUUAUACCUCCAGAAGACCAUUUCAUCCUGAACGUAUCUACAACCUCCUCAAAGAUAAGUUUAGUAUCAUUGAGCAAUCAGGAUUUGCCGAUGAGGAAGGAGAUGCUGAGAAGAAAGAAACAGUCCAAAUAUCUGACGACGAUGAAGAUGAAGAGGAAGAUGAAGAGGAAGAUGAAGAUGAAGAGGAAGAUGAAGAUGAAGUAGAUGAAGACGUUAGUGAUGCUGAGAUUGUUUUAAACAGGAAAAAGACCCCUCUUGGCCCCGUAUUACGUUCCAAGGGAUUUUUCUGGUUGGCAUCUCGCCACAUCAUUAGGGGUGAAUGGUCCUCUGCUGGUCCUAUGCUUACUUUACGGGGUGGUCUUCCGUGGUUUGCAAUCACCGGGUACGACGAGUUUUCCUCUGAGACCCAGAAGCUCAUUAAGCAAGAUAUGGUUGGUGAGCAUGGAGAUCGCAGGAAUGAGAUUGUGUUCAUUGGAUUAGGCAUAAAUCAAUCCAAGCUUACAAAACUUCUUGACUCGUGUUUGGUUACCGAUGAAGAAUUUGAUCUCUACAACGGUAUUACGGGGGAGAAGAACCUUUUCAAAGUGGAAAAAAAUCUUCAAAUGCACUUCACUGACGGAUUCGAGAGCUGGAUCACGUUUUCAGAAUCUUCUACUGAAGGUUGA